UGAAACAGAUGUAUGUUGCGAAUUCAAAAAACCAAUUUCGUUGUGUUGGAAAAAUUUACGUUAUGAAGUCGAUGAAUGGUUUAUGGUCGAUGGUUGGCAACCACGACGACGGCGAAAAGUGAUCCUCAAUCGUCUUAAUGGAUCAGUACGGAUGAACAGUUUGAAUGCAUUGCUUGGACCAUCCGGUGCCGGUAAAACUUCGCUCAUAAAUUGUCUCAUUGGAAAUGUUCCAGCCAAGAACAUUUCACCCGACACUGAAAUUUAUAUCAACAGUGAAAUAAUCACAAAGUCAUCGAAUUCAUUGGUCAGUUUUGUGCCACAAUUCGUUCAUGAGAUAAUCCUAGGACGGUUCACAGUGCUCGAGACUUUGUAUUAUGCAUUCUGCUUCAAGAAUCCUGCUCACUAUCAUGGCAGAGCAUAUGAACACAUCCAGUCAACGAUCCAGGAAUUGAUGCUAAAUCCAAAAGUGUUGCAAACACGUUUCGAAAAUUGCUCUGGUGGCGAACAACGUCGAGUGGCCAUCGCUCAAGAGCUGAUGUCAAUCGAAUCGAAACCACCGUUUUUGUUUGUUGAUGAACCGACCACCGGCCUGGACAGUGAGUCAGCAUUGGUGGUAAUGAAGUGUCUACAACGAUUGUCCACACAGAAUGGCAUCACAGUCCUCGUGUCAAUUCAUGCUCCCAGUUCGGAUAUAUUGGAUAUGUUCGAUCAAUUGUACAUCAUAGCCAAAGGAGGUGUUUGCAUUUAUUCUGAUCAACCGGGUGGAUUACGGUCACAUCUGAAUCAAAUCACUGGAAUCGCAUUGAAUGAGGAUGAUUCUCCGAUCCAGGAAUAUCUUCGUAUCGCUAGCAAUGGCAUCAAUGAUGAACAAGUAAGAAAAUUAACACAAGAAAGUGUGCAACAAGACCAUCAACGACUUACAGCUCAUUUCAGUAAAUUUGAAAAAGAAGAAUGUCCAUUUGCUUUUAUUCCAAAGGGCAUUCCUCAUUAUUCACGAAAAUUUCGUAGUUCGGAUCUUUGGACACAAUUCUGGCGUCUAUUACGUUUGACAUUCAUUGCUGAUGUUCGACAUAUAAUUGGUAUUUUGAUUUUAAUCAUAAUAACUCUUACUACUUAUACAUCGAUCACCAAUAAAGAUAUGGUGAUACCACGAGGAUGUAUGCCAUUCAAUAUUGAAAAUUUGAAUCAAACCUGUCAGAAUAAAUUGAAAGAAGAUCGAUUAAUCGGAACAUUUAUUAUGUUACUUUUUUUAAUUAUGGUACUUACAAUUUCACUCGGUAUAUCAAUGUAUUCGUUGAUGACAGUGAAUUUUAUGAAAAUUCUUCGCCACGAAUAUCGUACUGGUUGGUACAGCUUUUCAUCAUUAAUCCAUCCUGUUCAUGUGAAUGACUUGAUCACAAUGAUAUUACUCACUAUUAUAAGCAUUGUGAUUUAUUACAUGACUAGUGACAUUCUCUAUAUUGAUGAAUAUCAAAUGAAUUGGCAUCGUUUGCGUACUCUAUAUUCAUUCAGCAUAGUAGCAUUCUUGUAUGGCCAAUCAUUCGCUUAUUUAUUGACCAGUAUUUGUAUUGAUCAAUUUGAAUUACUUCUCAUUCUAUGUCAAGUAGUGGUAGUUAUAUUGGGUACAACUAAUGGAUUAACAGUAAUGAUUGAUUUAAUGGACAAACCAUUUUAUCGAACAAUAUCACAUUUACUUGGUGCUCGAUAUAUUACCGAUGGAUAUCUCUAUGCACACUAUGGUAUUGAUCGUUGCGAUCCACAAACAGAAUAUUCACAAAUAAUGAAACAAUUUUCCAUCGACACAGACAAUAUCUAUUCAAACAUGAAAAAUCCGAUGAUUGUAAUAAUAGUGGUUCGAAUCAUUUCUAUCAUUGUGAUGCGUUGGACAUUUAGCAAUGUGAACAAUGGAAAAAUCGUAUCAGCAACAAAGCAAGAAACAUUGACAAAAAUCCUAACUCCUGCCAUUGAAAUCAAUUUUCAUGAAAAGGCUACGUUUGUCCAGAUUUUUGAUGGUAAUAAUAAUAACAAUAUUGAACCUCAAAUGGCCAAAAAUGAAUUUCAACAAUUUUGUACUGGCCGUUACAUAAUUGGAUGGCGUCAAUUGACAUUGUUUGCGACUGAUACCAUCUAUGAAGUGCGUUCUACACCUGGACCGUUAGAUGAUUUUGGAGACAAGUUAAUAUUACGGAAUCUCAGUGGACAAUUUCAGUUUGGAACAUUGAAUGCAAUCAUGGGCAGCUCCGGUUCGGGCAAAACGUCACUGUUGAAAGUUUUCAAUGGAAAAAUGAAAACCAAACUGACCGGUUCGACUCAAUUCUACCUCAGUCGAUUCGUACCGAUUCGGACUUGCUUUAUCAAACAAGAAGUAUCCAAACACUUGAUACCCGGAUUGACGAGCAAACAAAGUUUGAUCUAUGCUUCUAAAUUAAAGAAUUGUCACGAAACACAAACAAUUGAUCAUGAACAAGUGGCUGACAAUUUGCUCAAUGAAUUAGACAUGACCAACACGGGCAACACUUUGGUGCAAAAUUGUUCCGGUGGAGAAAGGAAACGACUGGCUCUGGCAAUGGAAUUGACAUCCGUUCGAAUGCCCAAUCUCAUUUGCAUUGAUGAACCUGUCAGUGGUUUGGAUUCCAAUUCGGCACGGUUGGUCCUUCGAUGUCUUCGACAAUUCAUUGCUCGUCAUCCAGAUAUCACUAUGGUGGUCAGCAUUCAUCAACCUAGUACCGAACAAUUGGACAUGUUUGACCUAUGCUAUGUGCUAGCAUUCGAUGGCCUUGGUAUCUAUUCAGGACCGCCAGCCAAAAUCAAAAGUUUUCUCAGUGAAACAUCUUCCAUCGAUGAAGAUAAACGAUUCCCAAUCGAAACUCUCAUUCGAUAUUCUUGCACUGGUCACUUGAAUCCCAUCGUACAGCGAUUAGCCGAAGAAACUGAUAAUCAAACCAAUAAAAUCACACCGUCGCUGUUACAGGAUACUGUUCAUAUAAAGGAUGGUGUACCAUUCCCUCAAAUUCGGUUCUCAUUGCGAUCGGUAUCAAUUUUAUUUCUACGUUUGUCUCAUUUUUCAAUCCGAUAUCAAUGGCCAUUAUGGCUUACAUAUGUGAUUCUACAAGUCUUUCUAGGCACUAUGUUUCUAGAUUUGUUUGAUGAAAAAAUAGCUGAAAUCGACGGUUGUAUAUCGAUAGAAGACGAUAUUCUAGCCGUUUGUUUGAAUGUUACUGAUCAUAAAUGGAAAAAAGAUUCUCGUCUUGCCAGCAAUGUUAAUUUUGUCAUGUUUUCAAGUUUAGCAUUCUUUUCGAUAUUGAAUGCGCAUAUGAGCAACUUGUUUUCCUUUGAAUUGAAAUUUUUUGCAACUCAACAUUUAAAUGGAUGGUACACGUGUGGCUCGUAUUAUUUGUCGAAAUUAUUGUUCGAUGCUACCACAAUCCUACCGAUGGUCAUAAUUUUUGCUUAUGUAACCGAUAUCUAUUCAACAGUUUCGCCAAACAAUUUUUUCUGGUGGCAAGUGAUCAAUUUAUAUUUAUCAUCAUUUUGUUUUCUGGCCAUAAUUAAUAUGAACGUAUUGUUUUUACAUAAAUCGAUUAUUGUUCUAUUCAUCGUUAUCGCUAAUUCACAGGGCUUUUUUCUAUUAUUAUCCAAUGUAUACAAUGUAAUUGAAGAAAUGAAUUUCAUCGUACGUUUUCUAUCGAAUUUUUCAAUUUAUCGUUAUCAAUUGCAAGCAACAUUAUGGCUUAUUUAUGGUGGUGAUCGUUGUAAAUCGCAUGAAAUACAAUCAUUGAUGUAUAUGUUGAAUAUUCCAACAAAUGUUGAAUAUUUCUACGAUUGUAUUGUCAAAUUAGUUUUAUUGGCCAUAUUUUAUCAUACAUUGGCAUUAUUAGUAUUCAUUAUUAAAUACAAUCCAUUAAUCAAUCGACAUAAAAGAGCCGAACGUAUCAAACGAUAUCAUAAUGAACGUAUUCUUAAGAUAAAAUCGAAAUUAUUUUUUUCUACAAUAAUUUAAAAAUGUAAAUGAUUGCAAUCAAAAAUUAUUCAUGAAUACGUUAGUUUAUUGUGAUCAUUCAUAUAAUUCAACAAAUGAUAUAUAUUCAAAAUUAUCAAUCAGAAUCAGUACCACCUUCAUAAUCAUGACUACAAGCAUCUUCAUAACCAUAAUCAUAACCAUAAUCAUCAUCAUAAUCAUAAUCAUAAUCAUCAUCAUCAUCAUCAUCAUCAUCAUCAUUAUUAUCCAAUUGAUUUCGGGCGUUCGGCAUCUUAUACAAAUCAGGAAACUGUCUUGAAAAUUCUAUUAAUGUCUUUGGCAAUUGAUGCUCCAAUUUUGGCACAACUGCAGAAACCGGUGUAUUUGUUGUUGAAGCAUUGAUUUUCUUUUCUUCAUUUGGCAUAGCACCACUGUUGUUGCUCGAAAAAUUCAAGCUCUUUUGAGUUUCAACGACCACACCACGUGUUAGCGAACAUGCCGGCAUUGUUUGAUUGACUGAUUCUCGUUCUUCUUCUUUAGACGAUUUAAUGAAAUCUGGACAAUGUUGUUGUGUAGGAUUCAUUUUAAUGUCAAAUGACAGCAACAAAUUUUUUGAGUUUAUAUAAUUUUAAAACCUUACACAAAACAAAAAAUCAUUUAAUUCUGACGUGUAAUAGUCGAAUAUCGAUCGAAUAGUUUUAUUUCAACAAAAACAAAACAAAAAAUCACAACAUUUAAAAUUUAAAAUUCGAACUUUCGAAUAAUAAAAUUCUACACUAUAUAUAUUCGAAUUAACAUAUACAUCAAUUGGAAAAAAUAUGAUGAAUUCGAAUUUCGAAAUUGAUCUUGCAACACACAAUUAGAGAAAUAAAUAAAACACAUCGGGGCCAUA